AUGGCAUUUACAAAUUUGUGGUGGCGGUGGAGUAAGAAGCAGAAAGAAGAGCCCAAAGUCCGAAAUGGUGCCCCUCGGAAUUCUUCACCUAAUUCAGGACUGGUGGAAUCAGAUACCUUAAAGGUUCAAGGGGGGAACAUGGGCUCUUCAGCCAGACGAAUAAAAAGGCAUAGUCGGGAGGCUAGGAAAAUUGAUAAAGAGCAUGAUGUUGUUAUUGUUCCAUCAGAUGGUGUAAGCUUGUCCGGGUCUGAAUCAGACGAUUCGGAUUCAGAUUGGUCAAUUGGAUGGUUGGAGCCCCACGGUUCUUCCUUUCAAAAUGAUGACGAUUCAGAUGACAGUUUUGCUGUGCUAGUUCCCUGUUAUGGACGUGGCCGUGGACAGUUGGAUGACAAAUCCAGAGGCAACAUUUUGGAUAACAUUGGCCGCAUUCCUGACCUGUAUGGUGAAGAAAGCAAGAAGCAUAUGGAACGAUGGCUUUCCUCUUUGCAGAACGGUUGA